UGUCACUUCAAGUUGUAUUUCAAGAUGGUUCUUCUAACCUCGUUCAUUCUAUUGCUAUUCCAUCUGUGCAGCGCGCACUCGCAGUCUUUCCAACCAUGUCCCAUCCUCGGUCCACGUUUUCCUCUUCCAAGCGGUCUGGCAAGUGACAAUAUCGUUCAAUCUGCGCUGAAAAAUGUCACUGCCACCCUCGACGAACUUGUUUCCACCUCCAAUAGCACCUAUGGGACAAUUACCUCCAACACAACUUCUUUCUCCAUCGGUCUGUUUACUUCGAAUGAUCCUUUGAACCAUACACAUCCAUUCUUUUUUGAGUACCACUACACGGCGCCCCUCAUAUCCAAAACAACACCUGGGACAUCGAAACUUGAUUCGGACAGCAUUUUCCGCAUCGCCACAGUCACAGAAGUCUUUACAGUCUGGGUGUUCCUCAUUGAAGCUGGAGAGGCACAUUGGCCCGACCCGAUCACCAAAUACAUACCAGAACUAACAAGGGACAAUGGCCAGACCACUUUUGGACACUUCUCCUGGGACGACGUGACACUUGGUGAUCUGGCGGGACACCUUUCAGGAGUGCCCCGAGAUUGUAAGUUUGAACUAUCGGCCGAGGGUCGUCUAACAGCGGAUUUAGAUGGCAUCACCGAUCUGAGCGCGCGGAAUAUUUCACUUCCAAAGCCGCUGAGUGGCGCGAAAUGGUCUGGUUGUUUACAGCCAACCUGUACGAGAACAGAUUUCUUCAAAGACCUACGCGCACGGUAUCCCGUUUAUCUCCCGGGUACAACUCCUAUCAUGUCGAAUACGGCUUUCCAACUGCUCGCCUAUGCCUUGGAGGGUAUCAAGAAGCAGCCGUACGAUGCUAUGUUCAAUCAAACAGCUAAUGCAAUAGGCAUAUCAUCCACUAGCUUGCACCGCCCACUGAAUAGCACAAAUGCUGUGAUUCCGGGGAUAAGUGGGAAUGAGAGCGGCUGGUAUACCGACUUCGGCGAUGAAUCCCCAUCCAUAUCAAUGUACUCUACAAUAGCCGAUAUGUCAAGAGCAGGAAUAGCAAUGCUCAAUUCUACGUUGAAUCCCUCUGCUGUGACACGGAGGUGGCUCAAACCAAUUGCACACACAUCGAACCUAGUCAAUGACGCCGGCCGCCCUUGGAUUAUCUACAAAUCCACCCAGGACCAGAGCCCCAUCAAUCCUGUCAUCGAUAUCUACACGAGUUAUGGCUCAGUGGGUCUAUAUAGCUCAUAUUUCGGGCUCGUGCCCGAUUAUAAUGUCGGCUUCGUCAUCCUCGCAGCAGAUGAAGUGGCUGCAGCUGAUCUCAAUGUCUAUGUCGAUAUUGUCGCCGAUGAACUCCUACCAGGACUUGAGAAAGCGGCAAUUAGCCAGGCAGGGCAUACGUACUCUGGAGAGUACAGGUCAACCCAACCAAUUGCAUCUCUGAUCAUCGAAGAUCCGGAUGACAUGCCUGGCUUGUCCCUAUCCAAUUUCACGGUGGGAUCAACAGACAUUCGCGAAGAACUUGCAAAGGUCGCGGGAAUUUCUCCGUCAGCGCUGAGUAUCAGACUUUACCCAACGGAUUUAAUUGAAAGAAACACGUCCGGAGGGACCAAGAUUGCCUUCCGAGCAGUUUUUCAGGACCAAGAUGCACCCAUUGACGCCGGAACCCCUACGUGCAUCACCUGGCUGAGUGUUGAUGCACUGAACUACAAUGGCAAACCUCUGGGUCUGUUCAUUUUCAAUUUCACCGAGGGACAAACGAGUGUCGAGAUCCCAGCACUCAAUCUGGAAAUGACAAAUGGCGGCUAGGUGGAGAGCAGCCCCAUCAGCCUCUUGGAGAGUCCCCUUAUGAAAAUUCGAUUGUCACAGCAAAAGUGGUCACAAGUUUCACAAAACACCAUUCUUGAUUGAUUGAGACAAUGUGCAUGUAGUCGCGGAAACUUC